CCAAAACACCCUUGCUUUCCUCCAAACUUCCCAUUUGAAAAUCCCCCAAGCCACCUCUGUCUUUGCUGCUCUCUUUCGCUGAAACUAGUAUCAACGCUGGCCAUUUUCACAGAACCCUCAGAGUUUUUAAAGAAGCUACCGUGCGUUUCUAAUGACGGGUGGGGAGGAGAAGCAGGCUCUUUCUCCAAAGGAGAUUAUACACCAGCAGUUUGGUGGUAAAGCAAGUUACAGGAUUGAGGAAGUCCAUGUUUCUUCUCACAAUACUUGUCUCUAUCGAUGCCACUUGCAGCUUCCAGAAUUUUCCGUUGUAUCAAAUGUCUUCAAGGAAAAGCAGGAUUCUGAACAAUCUGCUAUUGAAUUGGCUCUCGAGAAGCUAGGUAUUCAGCCUCGGAAUGAUGAUUAUGCUGAUCAUAUUACCGUGGAGGAAGGUUUGGAGGGUAUUGUUCAACGCAUUAAGUAUAUAUUUUCAAACGAGUUUCUUUCAGCUGAUCAUCCUCUUGCAAGUCACCUUAGAGCAACACUGCAAAGGGAUGGUGAACAACGUCGUGGAUUACUUCCUGUUUCUGCCAUUGCUACGUUUGACUCAAAGAUUUACAGUCUUUGUAAAGUGAUCCAUCCUUCUAUGGACUCUGAUCCUGUCUUGGUCAUGUCCUAUGUCAUGAAGGCUGCUGCAAAGUCAUGGGAUUACGUUGUCGUAUCUCCGCACGCAGCUUCACUCGGAAGGAAAAAUCCAUACCCUCCAGCAAUUAUAGAAGGACUUGCUACUCAUGUAGAAAACAUACGAGUUGAGGCUGUACAUAUAAAAUGUACCAAGCGCGAUGAAGAGGUUGUUGAGCCAGUCGUUCUUGAUAUCUCAUCAGAUAGGUAUUACUUGGAUGUUAUCGCUCAAAAGCUUGGUCUGGAGGAUGCUAGCCAAGUGAUGAUAUCCAGGGCGAUUAGCAAAACUUUCUCUGGCUAUGAGUGUAGGGUAUACUCUGCAAUCACUAAGUUGAACUCUUCCAGUGAUUUAAAAAAGUCUCGUAAUGCAAAAGCAAGUUUUGUUUGUGGUCAAGAUGUUCAUGGUGAUGCGAUCUUUGCAUCUGUUGGUUACACAUGGAAGUCCCAUGAUCUUGAACAUGAAGAUGUAACCUUGAAGUCAUUUUACAGGAUAUGUUGCGGUAUGUCACCUAACGGAAUCUACAAAAUCUCCCGACAAGCAUUGAUUGCUGCACAGCUGCCUUUACUAUUCACCAGAGAGUCUAACUGGAGAGGUCCAUUUCCCAGGGAGAUUCUCUCCAUGUUCUGUCACCAGCAACAACUAGCGGAACCGGUCUUUACUAUAUCUACAGCUCCUGCAAAGUCUAUGUCUGACGUGUUAAGUUGUUACAACAAGAUAAAAGAUGAGUCAGAUAAUCAGUAUUCAAGUAGAGGACAAGCGGGGAUGCCAGGAUCAGGGAAAGGGUAUAGAUGUGAAGUGAAGAUCCUCUCAAAGUCGCUGGACUUGGUUUUCGAUUGUUCGUUGAAAAAGUUGUAUGAGAAAGAAAAUGAUGCUGUUCAGAAUGCUGCAUUGAUAGCCCUCUCAUGGUUUAGUAUGUUUUUCGGCGACAUGGAUGAAGAAUCACUUGAACCAUGCUAUACAGAUGACGACCUGGAUAUUCAGUAUAAUCAGAGGAGUCGUUUUAAGGAGACGUUUCCAAGUAGUAGAGUGUAUGAACUCCCUGAUAUUAUCAGAAAAGGAGAUUUGUAUAGAUCAAGGUCCAUGAGUAUGCCAUGGGAAAGGAAGCGUGUUCAAAAAAUAGCAAACGGUUCUUUGGUGAGCAUAUGCUAUUCUGUGUUCUUGAAAAAGGAUUCAAAAAGGGGAAAAUCGUUGAAAGAACUCAUUGAAAGCAAUGAAGGGAUAGAGUUUGAGGUAGGGCAUGGGUCUAUGAAUCCACAUCUUGAAUCAGUCAUUACUCAGAUGUCUGUGGGUCAGCAUGUUCGUUUCUCUACUGGAUUGCCUGCUGAAGCCUUGGUUUUGGCGGCUGCCAAUGAUACUGCGAGAGCUCUCACUCUCUUGUCAGGUUUGGAGUACAAUGUGCUUUUGUUGGGAGUGAAGGGUCCAACAGAGGAACGAAUGGAGAAGGCUAACAUUGUUGAAAAGGUUGCAGAAGGUUCCUCGCAGCCUUAUAAAGACUAG